AUGGGCCAGUCUUCUUCUACCCAAAGAGAACAACGCCAUCAAUUUCCUAGCGAACAUACCAUACCUCAUCAGCGCAGUUACAUCCGUAAUAGGCAUGAAGACAUGAAUAACGGGCACAACACGGAGCAGGUCGGGGACAUUGACCCCCUGACAAGUCAAGAAACAGGCAGUAGCGAUGUGCCGACGAUCAAUCCUGGCGAAAUGGCUUCACCGGCUCAGUCAUGGCAAUCGCCAAUCGCACCCUCUGGCGACAUAUCGGGUCAUUCAAGACAAAUGGGAAGUAUUCAGGAAGAGACCGGAUCACAGUAUGAAGCCAGCCAGCAGGAUUAUCAAUCGGCAAUCCUUGCUCGAGUGGCGAGAAGGCAGUCUGCGAUGUCAAGAUUAGGUUCGAGGAUUUUACCAAACGCAGUCAUUCGCGGGCUUUUGAAUAGUGAAGAAGAGACUCCCGCGGAAGGCCACGCCCAUCGACAUGGAAUUGUUUCCAGGACUAUACCAAGAUCGGAGGUCAAUCAAAGUAGCCCCCGGUUCAGCCCUUUCGCGUCCUUGAGCUCGAGGGGUGGUAAUCGAAGACGCUCGUUCCGUGGACCCUACUUCAACCCACGUAGUGAUGCGGCGAUGGGCUCGCAUAGCGGAUAUUCAGGGACGUCUUCCGGUGUCUCGGCAGAAGGCCCAGCUGAAGCUGGAGGAUGGCGGCGAAGCGUUCGACUACGCCGUGUCGGGCACACAAUAUCGACACCGAUCGCUCAAAUGUUCGGCCAGCCGCCCUCUGAUUCGUCUCAUGAACAAGGUGCGGAAAAUCCUCACAUUUUCCACAAUCCAGACCCCGUGGACUUCAUACCUCACCCGGGGCCGAUUGAUACUCGUAUGGAUUUUGAUCCACCGCACGAACUUGAUUCUGGGGAACCCGCGCUAGGAGACCAGCAGCCUGCAUCCCCUUUACUGUUGUCGCAAAACGAGUCCAGUACGCGGCAUUUUCCGAGUUUACUACGGGCGCGGCCGUCUAGGGCUUUGCGCCGAGAAGAACAAACACCCCUAUCGCGCGUUCUUCAGCUUGCGGCUACUGCCAUCGCGGCGCAACUUUCCGGUGGACCUAGCCCAGCUUUACCCAAUAUCCAAUCUUUGGGUAAUAACAAUGACGGCCAGGACGGCUCUCUAGAAAGCUUCAUACAGAGUUUACAGCGUGCCACCGGUCCACAACCUCCCGUAGAUACACCCGAUCCUCGAGAGGACGAACGGCCCCCAACGCCGGUGAAUUUUAUGAGAGUAUUCCGGUUCGCUAAUUCAGAUAGCCCCCGCUCCCCCGAAGCAUCCAAUCGCGCAGGAGCAGAAUUAGGUGAUGGUCCGAAUCAUGAAGACAAUAUGGACACAGAUCACCAUGCGGACGGACCCGAAGGUCGAACAGUCACUCUUGUUGUCGUUGGCGUUAGGUCCGUCCCAUCUGGAAAUGGCCCAUCUGGCGAUCAACAACCCGCGGCACUUCCUGGUUUGGACGCCCUGCUCCGAUUGCCCUUCUUAGCUCCAGGAACAUUCCCACCACGUGUCGGAUCACGCCCGGCAGCGACCACCACGCCCAGUCGUCCGACACCACCUAGUGUGCCCAGUAAUGAUGAUAUUCCCCCGCCACUGGGAUCGUCGAAUGCAUUGCGGAGAAUGUCAGAUGCCGGCAGUCGUGGCCCUCCCUCAUCACUACCUUCCAUUGUAUCGGACAGCCCUCCAGGACCCCAUCCACCUCCAUCGACCCCGGCUGAACCGGGACUCUCUGCUGUUUCGUCUGGUGCUUCGACCCCCAGCCGGAGGUUAUCUACCACCUCGGCCAUGUCCCCAAAUGUCCUACCACAGUUGAAUGAAAACCACUCCAUGCAACCUGCUGUGGAGCCUUCGGAUGAGGCUUUCUCGUCCAACACUUCUCAUCAACGACGCCGAAGUGACUCUGAGUUUGCACGCCACCGCGAACAAUUGGGUUCCGGGGCCGCCAGGCGUAACGGAGUUGUGGAGCCUGAUAAUCAUAAUACACCAACUGGUAGAAGUUGGUUAAUAUACGUUGUUGGAACUAACCUUUCAGAGAACCACCCUGCAUUUGCUGCGCCAAGCCUGUUCACUGAUAAUCCGACCUACGAAGAUAUGGUCUUGCUCUCAUCGCUUCUUGGUCCCGUCAAGCCCCCGGUUGCUACCCAAGAAGACAUAACCUCAGCGGGAGGUUUGUACCGUGUAGUGGAAUAUGGGGGCACUCUUUCUGCGGAGUCUGUUGACCAUUCUGGUGCUAUUCAGCUCGCCGAAGGUGAACGCUGUUUGAUCUGCCUCAGCGAAUACGAAGCGGCGGAAGAGGUUCGCCAGCUGACGAAAUGCGAACACAUUUACCACCGGAUAUGCAUUGAUCAGUGGUUAACAACGGGCCGCAACUCCUGUCCGCUAUGUCGAGGUCAGGGCGUUGCCGACAAGUCGGGCGCUGGGCCAUCAGCGUCUGACACACCACACGCAACAGCUACUUAG